CCAUAUUAGACGCCAUUUUAGUUUGUUUGUCUCUUUUUAGAAAGGUGUAUCCAAAUCUACAAUAUGAUUGAUGCUAUAAUUUUUAGCAUAUUUGACCCUAAGGAAGGGCCUAGAUUAGUAUAUCAAAAUCCAAAUAAUUAUUUAUCAAAGGCAAUAUUCGAUAACAAUCAUUUUUAUAUAAUAACCAAACCUCUACUACAAGGACAUACCAUUACUUUAGCGCUAGAGAAAAAAUACAUAAUAGGCCAUCCUUUAUGCUUAAAAAAUUCAAAAUAUGAUAGAAAUAUGUUUAUGUUUAAUGUAUGUUUCAUUAUUAAAAGAGAUAUGGACAUAUUUCCAUUUGAGAAAGUUGUUAAAAAACUAUCUAAUUAUCUUAAACGAUUUGAACUUGAAGAUGCUUAUUUAUCUGAAUCUAAAAAUAAAUUAUUAUUCUUUACUCUUUUAAAAGAUAUCAGGUUUAAAUUGAAUAUGUAUGGAAUGUGCUCAUUAUCAUUGGGAAAUGGAAAAAUGAUACAUUUAAAACUUAACAUAGAAAAUAGAUUAUUUAAUAUUCACAAAAUUAAUGACUAUGAUGUUCCAAUAAUGAUUGAAAAUAAUAAACUAUAUAAUAUGAAAUUUGAUUUGAGCAUGCAGCAGAUUUUACUUCAUAUUAAUAGUUAUAACCAUAUUUUAAAAAUAUCGCAAAAAGCGGAUGUAGACAAAUCUUUGGUUAUUUUAUGCAUAAAAAAUUUGAUGUACAUAGGAAUAAUUAAAUUAUUAUCUAUAUUCCAAUACAGCAAUGUUUACACUUGUUUGCCAGACAUUCACAAACUUUUUGUCAACAAACACCUUCAGAAUGAAUGUCUUAAAUAUGUAUCAAUCAAUGAAAAUAAACAACCUCAAUUACAUGAUGUCCUUCUAUAUUAUUCAGCCUUUAAUCAUACCGAUUCAAUUCAAAAUAUUAACGAAGUAUUUAACCCACGUUUAUUGAAGUUCAAUGAGAAAAAAGUAACUCCACUCCAGCAAAAAACUUCAUUGAUCUCGAAGAAAAUCGAUAGUCUUAACAUCAAAGGGGCUCUCAAACUCAUUUCGACCAAUGAUACCCUUGCUGAUUUCUCAGAAGAAACCUUAAGCAAGCUACGCUCAAAACAUCCGAAUUACACAGCCUUACACGCAUUGUGCAGCAGACUUCACACAAGAAGAAGUAAGGAGGAAAGCAAUCCUAUCAUUUCUUGUGACUCAGCGCAUGGACUUGACGGAAUUGGACCAAUCUUCUUACAGGACAUAAUCACUCCCAUGAUUUGUGCUCAUGUUUUAAUUCUCACCAAAAUUACCAACUUAUGCAAUAAAAUCUUAAAAGGAGAUGUACCAAGCUUUGUAACCCCCUUGCUCUUUGGAGCCAGACUCAUCACACUCCAAAAUCUCAACAAGGACAUCCGUCCCAUCUCCAUUUGUUCAACUUAUCGAAGAUUGGUAGCAAAAUUAAUUCCUCAAGAAUCAAACACGAAGCAUCACACAUGCUCAGCCCUUUUCAAUUGGGUGUUGGCGUACCCGGUGGAUGUGAAGCUGCAGUACACUUAACAAGAAUUCAUCUUGAAAAUAACCCAACUAACGAAGCUUUAGUGAAAAUCGACUUUUCCAACGCAUACAACACUCUUUCCCGCAACACCUUCAUAAAUUACACUUGUUCCUAUUUCCCCGCUUACACCAAAUUUCUUUUCUCUUGUUACCUAUCCCCUACAAUUCUACAAUUCAACACGGAAAAAAUACUUUCAGUUGAGGGUAUUCAACAAAGAGACCCUCUUGGAUCUCUUCUAUUUAGUCUUGGAAUCAAUGACAUCAUUAAAUCAAUAAACGCUUCUUGUACUUUAUCGCUUCUUGCUUGGUACAUCGAUGACGGAAUCUUAAGUGGCUCCCACAGUGAAAUUGACAAAGCAGUCAACAUAAUUCAUGAAAUGGGAACUGCCAUUGGACUCUCUCUUAACCUGAGCAAAUCCGAAUUCAUUCAAUUGAAUACAAACGCUCCAAACUCACAUAAUUUCAAAUUCACUGUUAUUGAUGAAUUCACACAAUUAGGAUCUCCCGUAGGAGGACAUAAGGCAAUUUGUACCUUCCUUCAUUCCACCCUUGAAAUCAUCCUUAAACUUGAAGACAUUUUUUCUCAUCUUCCCUCACACAAGUCUUAUUUCUUACUAAAAAAUUUCUUUUUCAUACCAAGGAUUCUUUAUGCACUUCGCGCAACACCCAUAUUUAAAUAUCCUUCUCCAUUAAAAACGUACGAAAACGGAAUAAAAGACCUAACCGAAAAAAUAAUAAAUCUAAGAUUCAACGAAUUCGCUUGGGCGCAAGCUUCGCUCCCCACAAAAUGACUUGGCAUUAGAUCUCCUUAUGAUCUAGCAAUAACCUCUUUCCUAUCUACUAGUCUCUUGUCAAAGUAAAUAACAAACGCCUAUCAUUCUAAAGAAGAUCUUUCCUUAAUUGAGGCCAUAAACACUUGGUAAACUCGAAUCAAUGUUGAUUCUCAUCCCCCCACAACCCAUAGACAGAAGGACUGGGAUGCUCUGGUAGAUGCUCGCUGCGUUGAAAAUCUCUUAUCUAGCAUGCAAUUAAUUCACCGCACCCUAUUCUCUUCCCUGCUCAAUGGUACUGGACACGAGUUUCUCGCAUUCCUUCUAUCAAUCUUCAACUUUCGAACAACGAACUUACUCACGCCAUCGGUAUUCGUAUAAAUUGCUCAAUCACCCACCCUCACAUCUGUUCAGGCUGUAACUCGCCCGUCGACACGAAUGGAAGACAUAGUUUACAUUGUCGCUCCUGCAAUGGUCGAUUCAUUAGACACAGGCAAUGAUUCAAUCAUCCAAAACACCUUGAAAUCAGCACAAAUCCCUUCCAUACUUGAACUUCAGGGUCUUUUCAGAUCUGAUGGUAAACGUCCUUACGUCAUCACUCAAAUUCGGUGGACGAGAGGCCAAUUAUUAGUAUGGAACUUUUCUUGUAUUGACCCUCCUGCCCCAUCUAACCAGAUACUCAACAUCAUAGACCAGAAGGAACAGCUUAAAACCUCGAAAUACACAGAAAUUACUAAUGACCAUUGUUUCAUUCCAAUUAUUUCAACCACACUUGCCACUUUCGGUAAACUUGCCUUAGCUUUUUUCUAAAAUUUAGGAUCUCAAAUCAACAAACAUUCGGAAGAACCUCGAGAGGGUUUUUUUCUUCGACAAAGGCUUGCCAUAGCAAUCCUUAAAGCCAAUUAUAUCCGCUUCAAUGGUAGUCUAAUAGUCAAAGAGCUAUCCUAAAUCCUUUUUUUUCCUCUCAUUAUACCAUCCCCGUUCUUCAUUGGUAUUUAAAAAAAUUUUUUUAUUCAUAUUCCUUUUGUCGCAUUUUAAUA